AUGCUCCGAACCUCGCUCAAGCAGGCUAUCGAGGCUCACGGGCCUAUACCCAUUUCUACCUAUAUGAGGCAAUGUUUAACACACCCCACGGACGGCUACUACGUCAAGCAAGACCCCUUUGGAUCGAAAGGCGACUUUAUCACCUCUCCGGAGAUCUCGCAGAUGUUUGGCGAGCUGGUGGGAAUCAACAUCUUGAUGCAGUGGAUGGAGCAAGGCAGUCCGAAAAAAAUCCGUCUGGCCGAGCUUGGACCCGGUCGCGGAACCCUCAUGGACGAUCUGCUUCGCACGGUCAAAAGUUUCCCCGACUUUUUCAACGCUAUCCAGACGGUUGAUCUGGUCGAGGCCAGUCCCACGCUGCGGAAUCUACAGAAACAGCGACUCGGCCGCUAUGGCCUGAACCUGAAUUGGUUCGAAAUGACCAGACAGGUCCCCAAAGACAAAGUCCCGACGUAUCUUGUUGCACAUGAAUUUUUCGACGCACUGCCCAUCCAGCAGUUCCAGUUGACUGAAAAAGGAUGGCAGGAGCGCAUGGUUAUGUUCAACAAGGCCGAGGACGAGUUUCAGACCACGCUGCAGCCCGUGAAUCCGCUAAUGAGCCAAACUCUAGCUGCUCAGCCCCGGUUCACCAAGCUGCCGCUGACCUCUGAAAUCGAACUGUCCACCGAAAGCUGGCAGGUUGCUCGCGAGAUCGGCCACACCCUGUCCUCCAACACCGGCUCAGCUUUAAUUAUUGACUACGGUCCUCUCUCAACUAUUCCUGUCAACACCUUCCGUGGCUUCAGCAAGCACAAGCAGGUUAGUCCUUACGAUAUGCCCGGCGACUCUGAUUUGACCGCCGACGUCGACUUCCAGGCCCUGAAAGACAUUUUCAGCUCGUUCAAAUCUCUCAAUUCAUUUGGCCCUGUUAUGCAGGGCGACUGGCUUCACCAAAUGGGCAUUGGAGCCAGAGCAACUGUGCUUGCCAACAGCCAACAGUCCGCAGAAGGUAAACAACGCAUUGCAGAUGCCUACAACCGUCUUACAGAUAUGCAGUUCAUGGGCAAGACCUACAAAGUGAUGAACGUUUCUACCGGCCACGAGAGCACUGGAUUUCAGCAGUAG